AUGGCAUCUGUAACAACCUCCGCACAAGCGGCGGCUAGAAUCGCCUACCUUGCGAGCGAUGUCAUACUUUCUCUCCAGCCAUCGCUACAAACGGACUCUAUCUUUUCCAACUCAAUAAACACUCAGGCCAAGAACCUUGAUCGUAGUGUGUUAUUGAAGGACACUCCAGAGAUCCGUCCCGUCCGCUUCAAUGAAGACCCUCUUCUCUCUGCAUUCCAUCCUCUCCAGCAAGGCAAGCUUGUCACGGUCACGACAUCAUCUUCUGUACUUCUCAACUCAAUCCCCCACCUCUACCGACUCGCCAACCAUCCCAUCGUGUUGCAUGUCGCUAUCGAGGCCUCGGAUUUCAGCGCCAUCAGCUCAAUCCGACAAUGCGGAUUCACAUUCCUUCAAUCCGAGACUAUUCAAGAGGCUCAAGAUAUUGCCUUGACGGCUCAUGCUCUGGCUCUCAAGUCCGGAAAAGGUGUGAUUCACUUCUUUGAUCCCGCCAAUUCCGCCAACGAUGCUGCUAUUACACCAGAAGAGUACGAGGUUGUCAAGACGGUUUUGGACUUGGAUGCUAUCCGACCUUCCUACAGCCAAUCGGCCGAUGGUCAGACUCUCUAUGCGGAUUCCGGACGACUGGCAACCGUCUCUGAGAAUGGCAUGGAAUUAUCCACCACGGCUACUUCAGCACCAGCACCCACACUCCUAACCACGUCAUCAGCUGCAUUGAGCCGGGAUGCCUCUUCUGUUGGAUCUUCCCGUCGGGACAGCUCCUCUGAUAGUCAUGAUGUGAGCUCUGCUGCCACAACCGUUGACGCCACAAGUGUGCGACCUGUCAAUUCUGCGGAUAUCUUUAGAUGGGCUUCUGAAAUUUGGGAGACUAUUGCAAAACUUACCAGCAGACAAUACCAAGCAAUUGAGUAUACUGGUCCGCAAGAAGCAAAGUCAGCCAUUUUUAUCUUUGGCUCUACUGGUGUCUUUGUUGAUGCUUUGAGUGAUGCGAGCACUAGUGCCGAUUUGAAGGAGAUUGGAAUCAUCACAGCUCGUCUCUAUCGUCCUUGGAUCGGGAGCUUGGUUGCAAACCAGAUUCCCAAGUCUCUUAAGCAGAUUGCUGUCCUAGAGCAAGUACGAAAGACUACCAGGUGGGGUCCAUCCUUCUUGGAUCUGCUUUCCAGUUUGUCUUCAGGCCAAGGUCAAUCGCCCCGUCUUGUUGGAUAUCGUCUUGGCCAUGUAGAGCCAUCUACAGUUGGACAAGCUUUGCGUGGUAUCUUACAGAACCUUACUUCUGAGUCACCCAUUCAGAACCUCGAGGUUGGGAGCUACGAAGUGCCCACUACAAAACAAGAAUUGGUCCAGCCCGCUCUUGAAAAUGCUUACACAAAGAUUCUGGAUCAACUUUUCGGUCAGCGAUUGUACGUUGCCAACCAACUGGGUGCCAAAGAUGCCGGCAUAUCUGCCACGAUCGCUGCUAGCCCUGAGUACGGUUUUGGUUCUCUGAUCGCAAGAUCCGAGCACCGCGAGCGAUUCAUCGCAGAAGUUGAAGAGGCUGCCAAAUCACCAGCAUUUGUCACAGAUAAGCCAGCGCAAUGGUUGUCUAAAUGGGCGUUGAGCGCACAGGAUACCGCCAAGGUCAAUGCCCUUGCUGAAGAUGUUAUCGAUCACCUGAAGGUAGACGGUUCUCAAGUAGCAAGACAGCUUCUCGAAAAUCACAAAUUGUUCUUCAAAGAGUCUCAAUGGCUCAUUGGAUCCGACGCUUGGGCUUACGAUCUCGGUAACUCUGGUGUUCAUCACGUCCUCGCGUCGGGCGCUAAUGUCAACAUGCUCAUCAUCGAUUCCCAGCCAUACUCCGAGCAUGCCGCUGCUGAUCCUACACGCCGAAAGAAGGACAUCGGCUUGUAUGCCAUGAAUUUUGGAAAUGCAUAUGUCGCCUCCGUUGCUGUUUACGGCUCUUACACCCAGGUCCUGCAGGCUAUGGCAGAGGCCGAUCAGUACGACGGGCCUUCCGUUGUUGUGGCUUAUCUGCCAUACCACAAGGAGAACGAGUCUCCCUUGGCUGUGUUGCAGGAGACAAAGAAGGCGGUUGAUAUCGGUUACUGGCCGCUCUACCGUUGGAAUCCGGACAGCGAUGAGAAUGGAGAGCCCAAAUUCUCUCUUGACUCUGAGCGCAUCAAACGCGAACUUGAAGAGUUCCUUCGCCGUGAUAACCAGCUCACUCAGCUGAUGAGGCGCCACCCCAAGUUUGCAAACAACCUUUCCGAGUCUUAUGGAACCGAGGUUCGUGCACUUCAGAAACGCAAGGCCAAGGACUCGUAUGAAAAGCUACUAGAAGGACUGUUUGGUGCUCCUCUUACUAUUCUAUAUGCUUCCGAUAACGGCAAUGCUGCCAACAUUGCUAAGCGACUGGGUAAUCGUGGACGCCUGCGAGGUCUCAAAACCUUGGUCAUGGCUAUGGACGACUAUCCUAUCGAAGAUCUUGCUACAGAGGAGAACAUUGUGCUCAUCUCUAGUACCGCUGGUCAAGGUGAAUUCCCUCAGAAUGGUCGAGCAUUCUGGGAAGUCGUUAAAAGCUCUGGCGAUCUCGAUCUUUCUUCUGUCAAGUACUCUGUAUUCGGUUUGGGUGACAGCCAUUACUGGCCUCGUAAGGAAGACAGGAUAUAUUACAACAAGCCUGCCAAGGAUCUUGAUGCUCGAAUCUCUUUCUUGGGUGCUACUAAACUUACUGAUAUUGGAUUGGGUGAUGACCAAGAUCCAGACGCUUUCCAGACUGGUUAUGCAGAAUGGGAGCCCCGUUUGUGGCAAGCGUUGGGUGUCGACAAGGUUGAGGGUAUUGCGGAUGAGCCUCCUCCAUUGACUAAUGAGGAUAUCAAGAUUGCCUCCAACUACCUCAGAGGUACAAUUGUCGAGGGACUAUUGGACGAGAGCACGGGUGCUAUUUCCGCGAGCGAUUCUCAACUCACUAAAUUCCAUGGAACUUAUAUGCAGGAUGACCGUGAUUUGCGUGACGAGCGCAAAGCACAAGGUCUUGAGCCUGCUUAUUCUUUCAUGAUUCGUUGCCGACUCCCCGGUGGUGUCGCUACGCCUCUUCAAUGGUUGCAAAUGGACGAGAUCAGCAGUGCACAUGGAAACGAGACUAUGAAACUUACGACAAGACAAACAUUCCAGUUCCACGGUGUCAUCAAGAGCAAGCUUCGCCCAGCGAUGCGUGCCAUCAACAGGGCAUUGAUGACAACACUUGCAGCUUGCGGUGAUGUUAACCGUAACGUCAUGUGCAGUUCCCUUCCUGAGCUUUCCGAAUAUCACCGUGAAGUUCACGCUAUCUCGAAGAAGAUUUCAGACCAUUUGCUGCCAGCGACUACCGCGUACCAUGAGAUUUGGCUAAAGGACGAUGAUGACAAGAAGGUCCAGGUCGCCGGAGAUGCAGUUCAAGAUUAUGAGCCUUUGUACGGCCCUACUUAUCUUCCUCGUAAAUUCAAGAUCACCAUUGCUAUUCCUCCUCACAAUGACACCGAUGUUUAUGCCCAUGACAUUGGUCUUAUUGCUAUUAGGGGCUCUGAUGGUCAUCUUGAAGGUUUCAACGUUAUUGCUGGUGGCGGCAUGGGUGUGACACACAACAACAAAAAGACAUAUCCCCGAACUGGUUCCAUGUUCGGCUUCGUACCAGCUGAUCAGGCACACGUUGUCUGCGAGAAGAUCAUGCUCGUCCAGCGUGAUCACGGAGACCGCAAGAACCGUAAACAUGCUCGUCUUAAGUACACUAUUGACGAUAUGGGAGUUGAAGUCUUCAAGGGCAAAGUGGAGGAGAUCCUGCCAGACGGCAUUCGAUUCGCUGAGCCACGCCCUUUCAAGUUCGUCUCAAAUAUCGACACUUUCGGCUGGCAAAAGGACGAGAAGGGCUUGAACCAUUUCACUUUCUUCAUUGAGAACGGUCGUAUUGAAGACACAGCCGACUUUCCCAUGCGAACCGGUCUGCGUGAACUUGCUAAGCUCAACAAGGGCGAAUUCCGUCUGACUGGUAACCAGCACGUAAUCUUGUCGAACAUCCAAGACUCGGACCUCCCGGAGAUCAAGGCACUAUUAGCCAAAUAUAAACUCGACAACACUGCCUUCAGCGGCCUGCGUCUCUCAUCUUCCGCAUGUGUCGCUUUCCCGACCUGCGGUCUUGCCAUGGCCGAAUCAGAGCGGUACCUCCCCAUCCUUAUCGACAAGCUUGAGUCCACUCUUGAAGAGAACGGCCUCUCUAAGGAGAGCAUCGUCAUGCGAAUGACCGGCUGCCCCAACGGGUGCGCUCGUCCAUGGCUCGCCGAAGUCGCCUUUGUCGGCAAGGCCUAUGGUGCGUAUAACAUGUACCUCGGUGGUGGUUACCACGGCCAGCGCUUGAAUAAGCUCUAUCGCUCCUCGAUCAAGGAAGAUGAGAUUUUGGAUAUUAUGAAGGGUCUGCUUAAACGAUACUCUCUUGAGCGUAAAACUGACGGCGAGACACCUGAGCGUUUUGGCGAUUGGUGUAUUCGUGCUGGAGUUAUUAAUGAGACUACCGAAGGCAAAAAUUUCCAUGAUAAUACCGCCGAGGAAGAAGAUGAGGAGUAAAUAGUUCGUCCUGCCUUCGAGUUAAAAAAGCUUUAAAGCGAUGAUUUAUGAAGAAAAUGGAAAUCAUCUAGGAUCGAGUUAUGAAUCUCCUUUCUUUUGGGUUGAAAAUUGUGACAUUGAAUGAUAGGACUUGUACAGUGACCCGUUACCUCUGUUUAAUAUAUCAAAAUACAGUACUGUUUAAAGU